AUGCAGUUUCUCAUAUUUUUGUCCUUGACUAUAUUUAUAUCGAAUCUAAUAGGGCAAACAAUAGGACAAUCAAAUUAUUUUUGUAGUGCCAAUGGAUCCGAUAUCGAAUUUACAUUGUCAUCAUCAUCUCAUUCUGCAUGGGAAUCAACAAUAAAUUGUUUUUUAGCACAAUGCAAUGUCGAUUCUAGUAAUAAUAACAGUUGUCGUUCAUCAGCAACACCUUGUUAUGAUUAUCGAACGAUGAUGAAUAUUAGUGUAUGUGCACCAGGUAU